AUAGUGGCGAAAGAAAACGAGCGGGAGCUGCGCAUAACUUGCAAGCAAAGUGGGGAGAAAAUAAAGGCACGAAAGAAAAAGGAAAAGAAAACGUUCCCCUUUCUCUUUCUCUAGCGAGUCUCUCGAGUUUUAUUUUUAUUAUUUCGAUCGAUUUUCUCUCUGCAACUAACCAGAAAAUAACUGACAACAAUUAAGUGCAUAAAAGCAAAAAGGAAUUAGGUUUUAUUCAUUUCCACUGCAAUAUUUGUUGGAGAAAUGGACGAUGAGGUUGUUCAGCGAGUUCUUCAAGAAGGAGGCCGUGAUUUUUUCCAACAACCACCCUCCACUUCCUCCAUCCUCCAAUCCCUCCCUCUCCAUGCGUCUUUUGAUCGUGGAUUUUACUUGUUAGUAAAAUCCAUUCAAGAACUCAGAGAGAGAAAGGAGGGUCUUGUUACAGUUGGCAUUGGUGGUCCUAGCGGUUCGGGCAAAACAAGCUUAGCAGAGAAGGUAGCAUCUGUAAUUGGUUGCACUGUUAUAUCAAUGGAGAAUUAUCGAUAUGGAACUGAUGAUGGGAAUGAUUUGGAUUCAAUUGAUUUUGAUGCAUUAGUCCAUAAUCUUGAGGAUUUGAUGAAAGGUAAAGACACUUCUAUACCAGUGUUUGAUUAUCAACAGAAGAGACGUGUUGGUUCAAAGAGAAUAAACAGUGUUUCAUCUGGAGUGGUAAUAGUUGAUGGUACUUAUGCUUUGCAUGCAAGAUUGCGCUCUUUGCUUGAUAUUCGGGUGGCUGUGGUUGGUGGAGUUCAUUUUAGUCUUCUUUCCAAAGUUCGAUAUGACAUAGGAGAUUCUUGUUCUUUGGAUUACCUUAUCGACAGUAUUUUCCCUUUGUUUAGAAAACACAUUGAGCCAGAUCUUCAUCAUGCACAGAUUAGGAUAAACAACAGCUUUGUAUCUUCAUUUAGAGAAGCAAUUUACAAGUUGAAAUGCAGGAGUGAGUCUCCAGAUGUGUCUGCUUAUGCCUUUCAAGGAGCAGAGCCACAAAUAGAUAAUUUUAUUGAGAUGUACCUUAGGGCACCAUCAGCAAGUGAAGAAGCACGAAUCAGUGACUGGAUUAAGGUGCGGCAAUCUGGUAUUAAAUACUAUCUGUCACUUGGGGAUCAGAGGAUUGUUGAUAAAAAUUUCAUUAUCAGGCCAAAAGCUGAGUUUGAGGUUGGAAGAAUGACUCUUGGUGGUUUGUUGGCUUUGGGGUAUACUGUUGUAGUCAGUUACAAACGAGCAUCUACUUCUGUCAGUAAUGGCAAUCUUUCAAUGUCACUGGAGACAAUUGAUACCCUUGGCGAGACAUUUAUGGUGCUGAGGGGCAUGGAUAGAAAAACUGUUGGAGCAGAAGCAUCAAGGAUGGGUGUGAAUGGACCAUGGAUCACCAAGUCAUAUCUGGAACUGAUUCUUGAGAGAAAAGGGGUGCCACGUUUGAGUACGCCACCACCUGUGUCCAAUACUUCCAUGACUAGUAAUCAAGACAGAUUGAUUGCUGCCCCAAGGCCUAUCCGUACUACUCCAAAUCUAGUUAUUCGGCUUGAGGAUCUAUCUCAGCCAUGGACUCGGUCCCCAACAAAAUCUCAAAUGGAACCUCUUGUAGCAACAUGGCGAUUCAUGCCAUUGGAUUCGCCACAUACUGGAAGUUCAGUUGUAGCAACCACAGAUCCUUCCUCUUUCAGGGAUACCAUGAAACUUGUUCCAAUGUCUGAUUCAUAUGACUUGGAUAGAGGACUGCUUCUUGCUGUUCAAGCAAUACAGGCUUUGUUGGAGUAUAAAGGUCCUCCUGUCAUAGUUGGAAUUGGAGGUCCAAGUGGGUCUGGAAAAACUAGCCUGGCUCAUAAAAUGGCAAAUAUUGUUGGUUGUGAAGUAGUUUCCCUUGAAAGCUACUUUAUAUCUGAACAAGUGAAAGAUUUUAAGCAUGAUGAUUUUCGCUCUCUUGAUCUAUCCGUGCUGGCAAAGAAUAUCAAUGACAUAAGGAGUGGCAGAACUGCUAAAGUGCCCAUAUUUGAUUUGGAGACUGGUGCUCGUAGUGGCUUCAAGGAACUUGAUGUUUCUGAAGACUGUGGUGUGAUUAUUUUUGAGGGUGUUUAUGCUCUACACCCAGAAAUUCGGGACUCACUUGACUUGUGGAUUGCUGUUGUUGGGGGUGUGCAUUCACAUCUGAUUUCUCGGGUUCAAAGGGACAAAAGUAGAGUGGGGUGCUUUAUGUCCCAAAAUGACGUCAUGAUGACAGUGUUUCCAAUGUUCCAGCAGCAUAUUGAGCCCCAUCUUGUUCAUGCGCAUCUUAAAAUUCGGAAUGACUUUGACCCAGUGCUUUCCCCUGAGAGUUCAUUAUUUGUUUUGAAGAGUAACAAGCAGGUGGCUUAUCAAGACAUUGUAAAAAUCCUUGAUCCUGCAAAGUUAUGUAGAUCUGUUCAGAAUUUCAUUGAUAUAUAUUUAAGGCUCUCUGGAAUUCCUACUAAUGGACAGUUGACAGAGAAUGACUGCAUACGUGUCAGAAUUUGUGAGGGUAGAUUUGCAUUGCUUAUACGGGAGCCAAUAAGAGAAGGGAAUUUCAUCAUCCAACCUAAAGUGGAUUUUGAUAUUAGCAUUAGUACUGUUGCUGGUCUUCUUAACCUUGGGUAUCAAGCUGUAGCUUACAUUGAAGCCUCUGCAUUUAUCUACCAAGAUGGGAAGAUUCUCGUUGAGGUUGAUCAUCUAAAAGAUGCCCCUAGUCCCUAUUUACAGAUUAAAGGGGUUAAUAAAGAUGCAGUCGCAGCUGCUGGCUCAACACUUAAACUGGAUGGUUCAUAUACAACCAAGAGUUAUCUACAAAUCAUUUUGGAGAUGGUACCGGCAACAGAACAAAGUUCCAGUGGAAUUCACACACAGCAAACUGCAAGAUUGCAGGAACUCGUUGAAUUUAUACAAUAUCAGGGAAACAGCUCAGCUUCAGAAUCCUCACCAAUUAGGGAGGCGGCUCCUAUAGAGGGCAUAAUUGAAGAUAUGCAAUCUAGAAUCAAGAGGCUGGAAAGAUGGCAGACCAUCAAUACGGUGUUAUGGACUUUUCUGAUGUCUGCCCUUGUUGGUUAUUCGCUUUACCAAAGAAAACGCCAAUAAACAAUCUUUUGAGUAUUCUGCAAGGUCUUCAACAAUGUAGCAAGGAAAGGUCGCAUUGCGCUGUAACAAGAUGGGCUUUAAACCUGCCUCCAACAGGUUCACCGGGGUAAUCAUCGGCAAUGUUGAGUCUAACAGGAACCUCUAACCAGAAUUGUCUGUUUUAUCUCAGCUAUCAAUUUCCUAUGGAGAUAAAAUUUAUACCACAAAAAAAUCUACUCUUUUUUCCCCCAAUAGAAAACAGCAUAUUAAUUAGUUUCUCCCUUUUGUAAAUAUGUUUAUUGGGAGCAGUUCAGAAUUGCUAACAGGUUAGAGCUACCCUUGUAUUGUGGCUUAUUUAUUAUUUUGAUCUGGGAAAAGCACAAAAAGAACUCUUUCAAUCA